CUUCUAUUUCUAUGAUUUCCUCCCUCUCCUUACCACAUUCUUAUCACUGCAUAUUGCUUUAAUGCACGUAAUCGCGUGUUAAAUACACAAUCUUCGUUAUGUUCGACAAGCGGCGUAUUCGCCGGGGAUUCUGAUCCAUUCAGAUCCAUUACCGACCAUAUUCUCGCGGUAAUCUGUGUCAAUCUCUCGUGAAGAUUCGCACUAUCGUUGCUUUCUUCACAGACCCUUUUCCCUGCCGAAUAAAAACAGAUUCGUCGUCCUUGCACGAUGGUGAAAUAUUAUGAGAAUAUCACAAUCUUCAAGUUCGAUUGGACGCAGGUCGUUCGAGGAUUCUUUCAGAGAUAUCCGAAUCCGCACAGUUCACACGUUCUCACUGAGGAUACAAUCUCCAGAGAAAUUAAAAAUGGAAAGCUCUACUCCAAGCGGCUGCUAACAAAAACCAACAGAGUACCCAAAUGGGGUGAAAGAUUCAUUAGUAAAAACAUUGUAAAAAUUGUGGAAGAGAGUAUUGUCGAUCCAGAAGCAAAGACUCUGACUACGUAUACAAGGAAUUUGGGAUACACCAAAGUUAUGAGCAUCGUCGAGAAAGUGGUUUAUCAGAUCUCCGAUGAAAAUCCAGACUGGACAAUUGCAAAAAGAUCAGCAUGGAUAGAUAGUCAAGUCUUUGGUUUUAGCAGAGCGAUUCAAGCCUUCGGCUUAGAUCGGUUUAAAAAGAAUUGCGCCAAAAUGUCGGAGGGCUUCAAUUACGUUCUCGCAAAUAUGUUUCCCCAUACAACACAGUUUCUAAAUCCGAAACUGUCUCAGACGAGUUUUUCGGUGCAAGCCAGCCACAGCAUUGCAGAUGAUGGUGUUAUGAUAAAACCGAGCCUUGCAGAGGACUUACAACAUUCUUUACAGGGUAAAGCAGAGAAGGUCAAAGACGCUGCUAAGAAAGCUACGGAUUUAGCAAAGGAAAAAGCAAGACCAAUAUAUGCGGCCUGUCAACCAAAUCAAUCGUAAAUUUAUAUAUUUCACAAACGCAAAGUGCAAAAUCGUAUCAUUGAAUAAUAUCGUUUAGCGAUGGAAAUAUUCUUGAAUAACACGGUAUUAUUGAUGUAUCUUGAACAAAACAAUGGUAAAGCUUUAGAGACUA